ACACACACACACACACUACACACACACACAGCCAUAUUUGUUUUUCUUUCCACAAGUCUCUUAUAAAACCUCAGGAACAAUGAUGUAUUUUAGAGUACUAGGCUCUAACACACACACACACACUAUACACACACACACACACACUAUACACACACACACACACACACACUAUACACACACACACACACACUAUACACACACACACACACACACACAAUGACCAGUAAGGGCAUUCGUUUUCCCACACAGCGCUCUUGAGUUUCACUGGUCAAAGGUAAACAAACCUUACCACCGACACCAAUGCUAUGGUAUUUCAACAGAAACUUCCUGGAACUCUGACCACAGCUAGCUACACAUGGGAUUCUGGGUAGUGAUAUAGUGGUAAAACAAAUAGGUGGGUAGAAGCUGAUCACAGAGCGAUUAAAGUAACGCUCCCUGUAUUUUCCAAAAAGACGGUGUGUAAACUGGGGGACCCCUGGCUGAGGUCUCUCGUGGUUACCACAGUGACAGGCUAGCUGAGCCCAGUAGAGAGCUGGAGAAAACUAUCACAUCUAGUUAACUCAUGGUCUCCACGUCUAACCCCCGACACACACACACACCCUCCCUGACCUGUCCACUCUCUCCCCGUGGACCGUUUACAUUCUGACAGACGGAAGAAGUACAGAAUGGAGCAGAACACUGAUUCACUAGAGGCUUUAUAUCUAAAUCACCAGGGUUACAACAGAACACUGAUUCACUAGAGGCUUUAUAUCUAAACCACCAGGGUUACAACAGAACACUGAUUCACUAGAGGAUUUAUAUCUAAACCACCAGAGUUACAACAGAACACUGAUUCACUAGAGGCUUUAUAUCUAAGCCACCAGGCUUACAACAGAACACUGAUUCACUAGAGGCUUUAUAUCUAAACCACCAGGGUUACAACAGAACACUGAUUCACUAGAGGAUUUAUAUCUAAAUCACCAGGGUUACAACAGAACACUGAUUCACUAGAGGCUUUAUAUCUAAAUCACCAGGGUUACAACAGAACACUGAUUCACUAGAGGAUUUAUAUCUAAAUCACCAGGGUUACAACAGAACACUGAUUCACUAGAGGCUUUAUAUCUAAAUCACCAGGGUUACAACAGAACACUGAUUCACUAGAGGAUUUAUAUCUAAAUCACCAGGGUUACAACAGAACACUGAUUCACUAGAGGAUUUAUAUCUAAAUCACCAGGGUUACAACAGAACACUGAUUCACUAGAGGAUUUAUAUCUAAAUCACCAGGGUUACAACAGAACACUGAUUCACUAGAGGAUUUAUAUCUAAACCACCAGGGUUUACAACAGAACACUGAUUCACUAGAGGCUUUAUAUCUAAACCACCAGGGUUACAACAGAACACUGAUUCACUAGAGGAUUUAUAUCUAAAUCACCAGGGUUACAACAGAACACUGGACCUCAAUUUCAGCUCCAAUCAAGAAUGUUUUGCUUGUCUACAAAAUGUAAAAACUUGAAGUUGAGUGUUCCGAACUUAAUGUUAUUACUUUUUUGUUAGGUUUGUUUCAGUUUAUUUUCAAAACCCUAAAAUUGGCACAUGUUGAAAUCCUCAGAGAGAGGGUGUGGGUGUGUGUGUGCGUGCCCAACAGAGAAGUGUGCUCACAAGCGGGAAGGAAAGGGGGAGUAGAGAAGGAAGGAGAGAGGGAGGGGGAGGAAGGAAUGUGUGUUCCAUUAUAGAAGGUUCUGUGGACAGCCGAAGCAUUCUGUCUGUCAGGGUGUUUGAGAAGAGCCAGGUGACAUCACGGAUAACAGGAGAACUAUAGCUCUGAGGUGUGUGUCUGUCUGCGCGCGUGUGUGUCUCUCUGUGCACGUGUGGGUGUCUCUGUGCGUGCGUGUCUCUCUCUCUGCAAGUCUGUAUGUGUCUGUGUGUGUGUACUCCGUGGGCCAGGUCAGGGGUCGUGGUGUGUAACUAUUUAAGAUGGUAGAGGACUCGGUGGGUCAAAGGUCACAUCAGACCAGUCAGUCACUCCUCUUAAAGUAGGAUUAGGCUACAUCCCAAAGUGCACCCUAGGUAGUGCACUACUUUUGACCAGGGUCUAUAGAGUUUCUGUUUACUUGUAUGCAUUUCAGCUUUAAGCUGCCAAGUCAAGUACAGCCUACAAUGUAACACUUCUACGUCUGUACUGUUGCUCUUUGGGGGUUUAGGCUGGGUGUCUGUACUGCUGUUCUUUGGGGGUUUUAGGCUGGGUGUCUGUACUGCUGUUCUCUGGGGGUUUAGGCUGGGUGUCUGUACUGCUGUUCUCUGGGGGUUUAGGCUGGGUGUCUGUACUGCUGUUCUCUGGGGGUUUAGGCUGGGUGUCUGUACUGCUGUUCUCUGGGGGGUUUUAGGCUGGGUGUCUGUACUGCUGUUCUCUGGGGGGUUUUAGGCUGGGUGUCUGUACUGCUGCUCUCUGGGGGGUUUUAGGCCGGGUGUCUGUACUGCUGUUCUCUGGGGGGGUUUAGGCUGGGUGUCUGUACUGCUGUUCUUGGGGGGUUUAGGCUGGGUGUCUGUACUGCUGCUCUUGGGGGUUUAGGCUGGGUGUCUGUACUGCUGUUCUCUGGGGGUUUAGGCUGGGUGUCUGUACUGCUGUUCUCUGGGGGUUUAGGCUGGGUGUCUGUACUGCUGUUCUCUGGGGGGUUUUAGGCUGGGUGUCUGUACUGCUGUUCUCUGGGGGGUUUUAGGCUGGGUGUCUGUACUGCUGCUCUCUGGGGGGUUUUAGACUGGGUGUCUGUACUGCUGUUCUCUGGGGGGGUUUAGGCUGGGUGUCUGUACUGCUGUUCUUGGGGGGUUUAGGCUGGGUGUCUGUACUGCUGCUCUUGGGGGUUUAGGCUGGGUGUCUGUACUGCUGUUCUUUGGGGGUUUAGGCUGGGUGUCUGUACUGCUGCUCUCUGGGGGUUUAGGCUGGGUGUCUGUACUGCUGUUCUCUGGGGGUUUAGGCUGGGUGUCUGUACUGCUGUUCUUUGGGGGGUUUUAGGCUGGGUGUCUGUACUGCUGUUCUUUGGGGGUUUUAGGCUGGGUGUCUGUACUGCUGUUCUUUGGGGGGUUUUAGGCUGGGUGUCUGUACUGCUGUUCUUUGGGGGUUUAGGCUGGGUGUCUGUACUGCUGCUCUUUGAGGGUUUAGGCUGGGUGUCUGUACUGCUGUUCUUUGAGGGUUUUAGGCUGGGUGUCUGUACUGCUGUUCUUUGGGGGUUUAGGCUGGGUGUCUGUACUGCUGUUCUUUGGGGGGUUUAGGCUGGGUGUCUGUACUGCUGUUCUUUGGGGGGUUUAGGCUGGGUGUCUGUACUGCUGUUCUCUGAGUGUUUAGGCUGGGUGUCUGUACUGCUGUUCUUUGGGGGGGGUUUAGGCUGGGUGUCUGUACUGCUGUUCUUGGGGGUUUUAGGCUGGGUGUCUGUACUGCUGUUCUUUGGGGGUUUAGGCUGGGUGUCUGUACUGCUGUUCUUUGGGGGUUUAGGCUGGGUGUCUGUACUGCUGUUCUCUGGGGGUUUUAGGCUGGGUGUCUGUACUGCUGUUCUCUGGGGGUUUAGGCUGGGUGUCUGUAAAGCAACAGCUGCUGAUGUAACAAGGGCUUUAUAAAAUACCUUUGAUAGAUGAACUGCUACAUGUGGGACUCUGAUUACAGCCUUUGAGCAGCUCUAGUCUUCAGCAUCUCUGACUUUAGUUCAGGUGUCAUAAGACUGUUUAUAGUGCGCUAUGUGUUUUAUAAGGUAGCCUAGUGGUUAGAGCGUUGGACUAGUAACCGGAAGGUUGCGAGAUCAAAUCCCCGAGCUGACAAGGUAAAAAACUGUUGUUCUGCCCCUGAACAAGGCAGAUAACCCACUGUUCCUAGGCCGUCAUUGUAAAUAAGAAUUUGUUCUUAACUGACUUGCCUAGUUAAAUAAAGGAUAAAUAAAAAAUGGUGUUAUAAUUAUGUUAAAAUGUGAUUAUAGCCAUAAUAGAUCACAAAUAAUAUAUUUAUUAUACAUGUUAAAAACCUCUCUAUAGAGUUAGAGAUAAUAACAUGGUGUGUGUGUGUGUGUGUGUGUGUGUGUGUGUGUGUGUGUGUAUUCCUGUAGGUGGUACAUGUUGGUAUUUCUCUAAAUGUGUUACAUUGCUGAAGCUGUCAGGGGGAGAGGAUGUGACAAGUCGGUUACAUGGUUGCCGUUCGGACUGUUUUCUCACGGGAAAAGCGCUCCAGAACCAGGGGGCGUUUAGUGUGACUAGCUGUCGGGUCAGAACAGAUGGAGAGCACAGGAAUCUGCUUCGCUCAUUGCUUUCCAGAAUAUAGACUUCGGGGCCCUCCAGUCUAGUCCUAUGCCUAUUACUAUUAGGCUAUUUAGUAUACAAAUAAAUAAAGCAAACGCUUCUUACACGUAUGAGCUAUAUUAUCUCAAAACCGUUAAUUAAGUUACGCAUUGUAAGCAAUUACACAUUAAUUUAUUGAUCUGUAUUACUUUAAUAUUUCGGUGCAAGUGGUUACUGUUUCUCGCCGCGGGGGCUGUGUGUGUGUGUGUGUGUGUGUGUGUGUGUGUGUGUGUGUGUGUGUGUGUGUGUGUGUGAUUGGAUAUUUACUGCUCUGCAACAUGACGCUGUUGUAGGCUAUCUUCAGACCUGCGCGUGCUGCCGUACUAAUAUUUAUAAGAGCUAUCUGGAUAUGGCGCCAAGAACAUCCGUGCAUGUCCGCGUUAAGACACACACACACACACACACACACACACACACACACACACACACACACACACACACACACACAGAGAGAGAGAGACCGAGAAGUUCGUCCGCUCGGGGCGUGGUUUGGAGCGUGUCAUUCAAGCGGAGGAGUCAGCUGCGGGCACGAGUCUGGGCGGGGUGACGUGUGCGGAGCUGGAGCCCAGGCAGCAGCAGAAGUUCGUUAUUAAUGUCAGGACUUCCUCCUGUCUGUUAGUCACUAGCCUACUACUCCCGGAGGCGCCCAACGGUUUUACACGGAUAUUCCAUCCUGUCGAAAUGAAACGGAACUUUUACGCUACAAAACAGAACUGUUGAUUCUGGUGGACCCGCACCCUUCUUACCAGAUACUACGAUGUGAAUAAAUAGGCAUUUCCAGGAUUUAUUGGUGGAUUUUUGUGGUUACUGAAACGCGGGACGUGGUCGGGCCAUACUGGGGCGGAGGAGCGGUUGGUCAACCAUGCUGUGGCCAGGUUUAGCGCACUGGGUAGCGGCUGUGUUUCUCUGUAGGGUCGCCUCGGCGCAGUACACCAGCGAUCAGUGCAGCUGGAGAGGAAGUGGUCUGACCCACGAGUCUCACUCCCGUGAUGUGGAGCAGGUAUACCUGCGUUGCUCCCAGGGCAGUCUAGAGUGGCUCUAUCCUACUGGGGCCCUCAUCGUCAACCUGCGGCCCAACACGGAGCCCACGUCUGGGGCUUCCCCCGGCCUGCACGCCUGCAUCAAGCCCCAGACAGACUCCCGCGGAUCACACCUCUACCUGGAGAGAGUUGGACAGCUCCGCCUGCUGAUGUCCGAGACAGAACAGGCGCACGGCAGGGUGCAGUGUUUCUCCCUGACAGAGGGGGCGCUGUUCAUAGAGGCAGUGGGCCAGCAGGACAUCAGCAGGAGGAUCACAGCGUUUCAGUAUGAACUGGUGGCCAGCCACGGACCUGGAGCUCACCUCUACCCACACCUCAACACUGGCACUGCCUCCUGUACACCCUGCACAGAUGACCAGAUCCUUAUGGCGGUAUGCACCAGUGAUUUUGCGGGUCGCGGCAGUAUCAGUGGCGUUGACACACCCUCGUCAUCAGUCCACUCCUCCGUUGCCGUGACGCUAAGCCGCUUGUUCCAUCAGAAGAGCGGAGUGUUCUCUUUGGACGGAGCCAGAGGAAAGGGGUGGUCCGGACGUCUGAACACGUCCCUGCGGUGCCGGCUGCAGCCGAGGGAGGAGGGGGAGUUCCUGUUCACGGGGGCAGUCCGGUUCGGAGAGGCGUGGCUUGGCUGCUCCCUGCACUACCGCCACUUUCUGAAGCUCUACCGGACCGCCCUGGAGACAGGAAGUAACCCCUGUCACAUGGACACAGACUGAGGCCCGCCCCCUCCGCCCAGGAGACAACCAAUCAGGGAACAGGAUUGGGAAACAAACUCAGCGAAUCAAGGACAUAGAGAGAGGGGGCUGGGUCGCUGACUGGACUGAUAGGGCCCUGAUCCAAUCAGAGGAGGGAGGUCGUAAAGGGGCGGAAUCGUUGAUAUGACUGAGAUGUGAUUGGACGUGGUCCCAAGCCCUGCUAACCGAUUGUCUGAAGCGCUUACAGUUGCCUAGCAGCAAGGAUAGAUGGCCUGUGUCUGAACAGUUCUAAAGCCAUCUGUCGUCAUAGAAUGUCUUAAGACCCUGGUGUGUGUAUAUGUGUGUGUGUGUGUGUGUGUGUGUGUGUUUGCAUGUGUCUGUGUGUUUGUGCGCAUGUGUUGGAAAUAGAUGUAAAUAUGAUCAUUGUUGUAAUGAAAGUUUGCUUUGUGAAAAGCUUUAUGUACAGUGUAGAGUUGUCUUCUGACUGAAGUGUGUAGUGGGAUCCUGCACAGUGUGUGUGUCUUAGUGUGUGUCUUUGCGUGUUUGUGUGUGUCUUAGCGUGUUUGUGUGUGCGCACUAGAAUGUGCGCGCUAGUGAGUGUGUGAACGUGUGUGUGCGCUAGCGUGUGUGGUUCUGCACUAGCUUGUGUGAAGGUGUGUGAGUGACUGUGUGUGUGAAGGUGUAUGUGUGACCAUGUGUGUGUGAAGGUGUAUGUGUGACCAUGUGUGUGUGUGUGAAGGUGUAUGUGUGACCAUGUGUGUGUGUGACCAUGUGUGUGUGAAUGUGUGUGUGACCAUGAGUGUGUGAAUGUGUGUCUGAAGGUGUAUGUGUGACCAUGUGUGUGUGAAGGUGUAUGUGUGACCGUGUUAAAGUACAAUAGCACUCUGGCUCUCUGUUCUAGGGAAUAAACUAUCUUCCUGGAACAAGU